GGCAACGGAGGAGGGGAGGGCAACGGCUCGGCCGCAUUCGGGGCCGCCUGCGCUCAUCAAACGCCGCUCAUUGAACAGACAAGUGAGGCAGAGCUGGUGUGGAAACAUUUGUUAUGCCGUAAUAUGCGUGAAUUUCUAAAGUAUUACCGGGGUUGCUGAAGCCCUUCCAAAAGAAGUCUGGAUCAUAACGCACCUGCCAGAGCCCUGAGUGGGCUGGCGCAACCCGUCGUGCCCACUCAGUAUUGAGCACCAAACAUUCCACAGCGUCAGACGGGCAUCAGAGGGACAAAAUUACAUGUCAGCUUUUUUGUUUUUUUAGAUUGUCCCCUUUAGGUUUCAUUCCCCCUUCCUCCUUACACUCUUUCAUUCAUAAAGAGUCAAAUAGAUUUUUUCGCCCUAGUGUGGCAGCCAGGCUGCCUCCCCCAAUCACAGAUGAAUGAAGACCCCAUUUGGGAAGAACGCAGCCCAGAGAUCCAGAGCUGAUGCAGGGCAUCCUGGUGUCUCUGCAAAUAUGAUGAAAAAAAAGAAUUCUCACAAGAAACACAAAAGCAGUGUAGGGCCCACUAAAGCCGUGACUCAGCCCAGACGGAAUAUCGUAGGCUGUCGUAUCCAGCACAUCUGGAAAGAGGGCAGCGGAGCAGCGUCACAGUGGAAAGGAACCGUUUUAGACCAGGUGCCCGUCAACCCAUCACUCUACCUGAUUAAAUAUGACGGUUUUGACUGCGUCUACGGCCUGGAGCUGCACAAAGAUGAGAGAGUGCAAGGACUGGAAGUCCUGCCUGACAGACUAGCAUCGACACGCAUCAGCGACGCCCACCUGGCCGACACCAUGAUCGGCAAAGCUGUGGAGCACAUGUUCGAGACGGAGGACGGCACUAAGAACGAGUGGAGGGGAAUGGUGCUGGCCCGAGCGCCCAUCAUGAACACAUGGUUUUAUAUCACAUACGAGAAAGACCCGGUGCUAUACAUGUACCAGCUGCUCGAUGACUACAAAGACGGAGAUCUGAGGAUCAUGCCAGACUCAAACGACUCGCCCCCAGCGGAGCGUGAGCCCGGAGAGGUAGUGGACAGCCUCGUCGGUAAGCAGGUGGAAUAUGCCAAAGAGGACGGCUCUAAACGAACUGGUAUGGUUAUCCAUCAGGUGGAGGCCAAGCCUUCCGUCUACUUCAUCAAGUUUGAUGACGACUUUCACAUUUACGUCUAUGACCUGGUGAAAACAUCGUAGGCAGCGACGCACUCAUGGGUUGAGGAGAGGGGGAGGAAUUUCACGCACCAUGUGAUCCACAAACUUUUUGCCAAACGUUUUCUCUGAACAUUUCUCGUAACAUCUUUUGGAAAUGGUAUGGUGGAUAUUUCGGUGGAAUCUCGGAUUACCACUAGUCAAGUGUCUCUUAUCGUUGUAGGAUAAACGGAUAGCUGGACAUCAUAUCGCCCAACAUAAACGUAGCUUUAUAUUUCUAAGUUUUUCUCAAGCAUUUCCCAUUCCUGUUGUUGCCAGUGAUUAUUAUGAAGAUACACCAUAAUUUUCAUCGGAAAACCAGAGAUCUCAUUCCGUUGUGUUUGACCAUUCUCGGAACUUCUGGGCUGCAUUGAGGAUUCCUGAAGUGAAUAUGAUGAUCUGUUGGACUGUUUCAUUUCUAACUUGGCUUACGCCGUUAUGUGUUACCCAAAAGUCUCUCUGUACGCUAUGAAAUACAAGCUAAUGGUGUCCAGCAAUGAGAAUCACCCCAAGCUGAAAAUCCUAAUUCUUCAUCAUUGUUUUUGGAUGUGUUGGGAGGAAAAAAAUGUAAAAGCAAAAGUUGGAUUUUGGAAAGCGCAGGAUUGCAGCAUUCAUCCUGCAGUGUUUUAAGGGGUUCGCAGAAAACGACCGCUUGGGGUGUCUUAAACACUACAUUAAUGUGUGCGAAACUGCCAGGAGACAGAGGGCAGGAAGAUAGCGGUAGAGAGCGGCAUGGGAAAAUCGUCCUCUUGUUUGUAACAAGACAAACUAGAGCACAGCAGUCCUGAUGCCUUUGCAGUUACUGCGGUUGCCAGAUGUUUCUUGUUUUAUCCCUCCGUCUUCCUGAACUCGCCAGAAAGAAUUACGCACACGGGCGCCACUGUUAAUGAUUCGUAGGCAUUUGUGGAGUGAAUCUCCACCGUCUUGUAUAAUUUUUAGUUUUUUUAUUUUACACCCUAUUUUUUAUAUAUAUAUAUAUUUAUAUAUAUAUAUAUAUAUAUAUAUAUAUAUAUAUCACCACCAAGUAAACGCUAAUGCAGCUUUUAUUAUCAUAAGCACUAAAUUUAGAUCAUCUAAGAUUUGAGCGCUUGUUUAACUCCCCCUUUUUUUUAACGCAAUGUCAUGUCUGUAUAUUGUAACGGAACGUUAAUAUUAACGUUUUUUAGCUUUAUUUAGUUUUAUGGGUUUCAUUAAAUGUUGAAAAACUUACCCUCUAACUAUGUAUCAGAUUGCAUAGUGAGGACAUUUUGCGUUUGCAAAUUUCCCAAAGUAUUUAGAGAAUGUUACAGAAGCCAGUCGCACAAAGUGUUUGAUCUCGAACAGGUUAGAAAAUGUUGAUGCAAUAACAGAAAAAGUAUUCAGGAAUUUCUUUGCGAACUGUGCACCCCAUUUUCGUCUUAAGUGACUGUAAGAUUAUAAUUAUUAUUUUUUUAUCAGCCUUUGGGAGAUUUAUUUUGUCUCGUAUUCUCAAUUCUGCCUCUCUGCGAGCCUAAAAAAGUGUGCCUCAAUAUUAACUUUCAUUUGGUUCCAGUAUGUUUUGUUUUUGUGUGUGUGUGUGUGUGUGUGUGUGUGUGUGUGCGUGCGUGUGUGUGCUUUGUCCAAAAAAAGGUUUCUGUGUUCCCAUUAGACUCGUACAAAAUGACUGGAAGGCCCCCUCUGAGGAAAGUUACUAUGUUUGAAAAAGCCUUGCAGCUACAUGUGUUUUUCAUUAUUCCUGCGUGUUCUGCUGUCGGUUCCAGUGUUCCAGUUUUAAAACCAGUUUUAUUUUUUUUUUCAGCGAGGUUCAUGUUCAUACAACACGCAACACUUCUCUGUUGUCCUCAACUGAACAGGUCACACAGAGCCGCUGUAUUUUGCAUUUAAUGCACAACAAUAGUAGUGUGACUCUCGCGAAGAAAUAUCCUAUUUCGCCCUAAAAUCAAAAGAAACCAAUAAAUGAUAUUUUGCAUAAAGGAAAUGAGGUCUAUGUUUAGGGCCAGUAAGUUCAUUUGUGUUGUGACAUUAUUUUAAUGACUAAGUGCAUUUCUCCCCCAAUGUAUGGUACGUAAUGUGUCCAGAGAUUUUUAUUUUUUAGGAUUUUCAGGGUAAUUUUUCCUGAUGGUGAUUCAUUAAGAAAAAGUUCUGUAAGAAUGUUUAUUAUUAUUAUUAUUAUUACUAUUAUUUAAAUCAGCAUAAAUUUGAGGCAAUUGAAUAAAAAUAUACUACCAUGAUUUAUAAAUGCUUUUCAAUUAAAAUAUUUAUUUUUUUCACUACAAUAUUGAGAAUAUCAUUCUUUCACAUUGCAUUAGGCUACUGAGAAUUGAUGAAAUGUGCUUAAUUGUCAUGAAAAUAAUGUCACAAGGCAAAACAAAUCUUAAUGAUCCUAAAAAUAGAAAAGGCUUAAUUUUCUUGAGCUUAUUUUUAGUACCAUUAUUAUUAUUAUUUAUUUAUUUAUUUUCAUGACAAUAAAAUGCAUUGCUCAUUUUCAAUUCUGGGGGAAAAUAAAAAUAAAAAAUGAAUAAAUAAUGGUCGAUAAUGCAUCCGGACGUUUAAUUUGAUGGGUUUUUGAAGUAUCAUUAUUCAAAAAAGAUUUUUAAUUAAUAUUAGCACAUAAAGCAUAAAUUAGAGGCAAUAAAAAUACUACCAUGAUAUAUAAACACUGUGCAAUUUAAAUAUGGCUUUUUUUAACUACAGUAUUGAGAAAAUGAUUUGACAUUACAUGACGCUACUGAGAAUUUGGGGUGAAAUAUGCUUAAUUGUCAUAAAAAAUAAUGUCAUAAUGCAAAAAAUCUUAAUUAAAAAAAAAAAAAAAUCUGCAUUAUGGCAUUAUUUUUAUGACUAUUAGAUGCAUUUUCCCACCAAAUUGUCAUUACUGUAAUAAAAAAAUAAAAUAAAAAAAAUCAUUCUCAAUUUUCCAAAAUUUUAACCGUCCCUAAUGCAUCCGAACAUUGUAUUUUUGAGGGUUUUUCAAACUGUCAUUAUUAUAAAAAUUUAAAAAAUAUUUUUAUUUUAGAUUAGCAUAAAUGAAAGGCAUUAAAACAAAUAAUACCGUAAUGAAUAAACAAUUAACUAUUUAAAUAUUUUUUCACAACAGUAUUGAGAUUAUCAUUAUUUUUUUCACACUACAUUAGGCUUCAGAUAAUAGGCGAAUUUGCUUAAUUAAGUGCUUAAUUAAAAAUAGAAAAAUAACUAAAUAUAGACCUAAUUUUCUCAUUUUCACAAGCAAACUAUUUUAUGUUUGUAUUUUGAUUUUGGUGCGUUCUAUUCGCUCUUAAUAUUCAGUUAACUCUUCAGAUUUAUCUUGGAGAUAUUUGUGAUUCUCCAAGUAUUUGACCCUGAAACCUUAAAUCAGACGACCUGCUCAGCUUAGUGUUGUGACCUUAGCGCAGAUGUAAACCUGCGGCUUGGGACUAUUGUUCCACUUUACGUUUAAAACGAGAGCUAGGUCACUAUUAAGAGACGUACAGGUCUCUAACAAUGGUAUGCACCGUCAUUGCAGCUAUAUGUACUUACCAAGUCUCCUCUGGUAGGAUUGUGUCUUAUUCGAAAUUGAAAUCAGACGUGUCAAUAUGCAAAUGGUUACCCUCAGAAAAGACAUAUUCAAGGGAUUGGCCUUUUACAUGUACCUACUGUAGUAUUGUACUGUGUUUGAUGUCAGGUCGACGUGGGAAAAAGAAAAAGAAAACUAGACCGUUCUUUUUGCAUGAUAUGAGUAGAGUUGUUAUCGUACGCUAGUGUGAUGCAUGUGUACCUGUCUUUUUAUUUUGGCAAUUUGUUUCCUAAAUGAGAAGUUUAUGUUUGUGUUGCUACUGUGUGAUGUUUUUGUUCUGGUUUUGAAUACAUUUCUAAAACAAACAAACAAUUUUAUUUUCUGCUAUGCUCUAAAAGAUCAAAUGCACUGGUGUUUGUGUGGCGUGCCAAUUGGAAGGCAAGGUGCCAGUGUUAAACAGCAUUUAAGGGAUCAUAUCCUUUUUGACAGUACAACCGUUCUGCUGUUUGUUUCUAUGAAGAGUGCCAUAUUGAACGAAGAAAUAGGCCUUACAUGAUUGGGACAAAAUAAAAUACAAAUCUAUAUGUUAGAGUGGGAUAAUGUGUGCAUGUGUGAAAUAUCACAUAUCUAAUUCAACCUGGUGGAUAUAGAAUGAAAUGACGGAUGUUGUCCUCAAUGCACACUUUAAAAUAUGUGGAGAGAAUUAACGUAUGGUCCCUUUAAGAUGCUGUUACUCUAAUAACUUAUAUAAAAACAUUAAUAAAAAAAGAAUCGACAAAAAUGCCGUGCAGUUUGAUGAUUGUUGCAGAUACAUGUACAGUUCAGAUUUCAUGUUCUUUCACGUAUAGAUAAAUGGCUUCUAUUGGACCGAAUCUGUUAUUUUUUCUUCCUUUUUUUAACAUGUAGAUAAUUCAUUUUAUUUUCAUUUAAGUAUAAACACAUUUUAAAACCUGUUACUUAAUUCACCAAUUAAUUUUUAUAAUUAUUAUGUAAAUCUAUCCCUAUAAGAUUAAAAAAAAACUUAAUGUGAACUUGUCUCUGUCUGACUGUCUGCUUAAUAUGUGAAUAUCUGGAUAUUUACCUCAUAUCCCCUAUUAACAUUUUCCGUAAAUAUACAUAAAAUAUUGUAAAUUAGAGAUUCAAAGAAAUUUGAAAUAAAUAAAUAAACUUUUGUAAGACAGGCUUUUGGACUAAUAAACCUGACCUGAAGGUUUCUAUUUAUAAUUUAUUUAUUUUUAUUUUUGCAGAAUCAAAAGAAAUUAGUUUAAUAAAACAUGCUCAUUUUAAUGUCAAAAUGUAUUACAAUGGUAGAAAAGUUAAAGUUGUGUCUUCGCAACACAGGAAAUUAAAACUUGUUAAAAGAUUUGGGUGUUACCCUUGGAGUUAUGCCUGCAAACUUGAAGUUUAAAAAAAAAUUGAGUGAGUAAUGUCUCUUUGAACAGCGUUUCCGAGAUAGAUUAGGCGAAUUAAAAUUUUGGAAAUGCGUUUAUCCUGCACGUCCUGCUAUGUACAACUACAACCCUUGCUGAACCCUGAUUGGUUUACUCAGCUGUCAAUCACUCGGACGUUGGGCUCACGCGAGCGCUUAAUUUGUUCCUGUAGCGAAUUUAUUAAUUCCACUAUGACAAAGUUUUCGCUCAUGAAUAUUAAUUUUUUACGCUGGCGUUGCUUGGUGACUUUCCUGUAGCGUACGGUAGAUUUUAUAGAUAAUAUUCAUAAGUCAAGCCAACUGAUUAGCUCCCGCUUACCAACGUCUGCCUUUCAGCCGCUAUCAGCAAAUCAGCGGGCGGACGUCUCGCUGCGUCAUUAAUAUUAAUGAGCCAACCUCACCUGUAGUAGGAAACGGUUUGUACAUUCGCGUCCCUGUAGUAAAAGCUGUCAAAGGACUUACUAGAGUCCCAGAGAUCACCAUAAUCAGUGCGCAGAAGUGCUUUUCAUGUUAAACGAACUAAAGAUACAAAGCGAUGCUUCAACAGCAAUUUAGCCUCUUAAACCCCUAGCUGUACAAGAACAGGUCCUUAGAAAACUCAAGAAAGUGAACUUUGAGAGCACAGGUGACCUGGACGCGCACCUGUGAGAUCUACAGCUAUGGUCCAAGUGUUUUCUGGACGAACUCUCGUGAACAAAGAGGGAGAUCUGGUAGAUCCAGAAGAAGCUCUCAGAAAUAAAGUAGUUGGCCUGUAUUUUUCGUCCGGAUGGUGUCCACCCUUCCGAGACUUCACACAUUUGCUGUGUGAUUUCGAUCCACCAGCGCAGUUUGAAAUCGUGUUUAUAUCCUCUGAUAAAUCCACUGAAGACAUGGUGGAUUAUUACCAUGACAUGCACGGGGACUGUCUGGCUCUUCCCUGGACGGAUCCAUACAAACAGUGAGUUGACGAUGCAUUUUAAUGCAUGCAAUUAUUGUGCAUGAAUCUGUGCUGUUGUUGCAUGCUGCUCAGUUGUGCAUCUGCAGUGUUGUUUAGUGUCACAGUAACCUUUUUUUGCAGCUUUCAACUUGCCCCUUGUAAGAGGUUUAUUGCAUGCUCUCUUGGAGGAUUAUGUUCUGUGUAGUAGUUGCAAUGCUUACUGGUAUCAUGCAUGUGUCUGACAUUUUAUUGCAUGGUCAAGGAAUUCCAGGAAAUAUCAGGGCAUUUUAAAAUUGUGAUUUCUAAGCCUGGAAAAGUCAUUGAGAUUAAAUAAAAGCUUCAAAGGUGAUUUACAUCUCUAUAAUGAAUAUAAUUUGUUCUUGUCAUGCUUUGAAUUUUUGCAUUUGGCAGAAAUUGCUCUUUGCGAGUUUUAAGUGUAUACAGUUAUUUAUUUUUUUAAAUAACCUGACAA